AUACAAUCGAUUCAUUUUUCCAUCGCGGUAAACGAUUGGCAUUUGUGUUCUGUUUACAAUCGCGAUUGCACCGAAGUUUACUGUUUAAAUGAGUGAGAAAAAGGAUUCGGCCAGAGAUUCAGCUAAAGAUUCGAUCAAAUGGACCAAAUAUGCUGAAACCUACGAUCCUAUUCGAGUUGGAUCAAUCGAUGGAACGGACACAUAUCCACAUGAUAAUGGCAUUGUUCGGGCCAUAAAAUCACAUUACAAGCCAAAUGAAAGGGUUGUUGGAAAUCCAAAACAUACCAUCUUCAUCGGCCGUUUACACUUACGCACUGACGAGGCAACGAUUCGGCACAAAUUUCAACGAUAUGGUAAAAUUGUGAACUUACGUUUGGUUCGUGAUGCAGUAACGGCCAUUUCGAAACAAUACGCUUUCGUGGAGUACGAAUCGAGUUCAGCGGUAAAAGAUGCAAUCUACGACAUGGACCAAAGAGUCAUCGAUAAUCGAGAGAUUAUCGUUGAUCAAGAACAUGAACGACGAUUGGAAGGAUGGAAACCGAGACGUUUGGGUGGCGGUUUCGGUGGUAAAAAAGAAUCAGGCCAAUUGAGAUUUGGCUGCAAAUUGCGACCAUUUCAACGACCCUACGAUACAAAUAAACCGAUGACGAGCAAAGGAUUGAAAGACGUUUUUCGACACCAAAAAUACCAUAAAUGAAGAUGUAAAACUAAGAUAUCGUUCAUAAUUAUUGUUGAAAUAAACGAAUGAGUGAAUUAAAAAACCAUGCCAAAAUAAUCAAACAAAUGGCUGCGAACAGAAAUAAAAACAUCAAAUUUUGAACAAAUAAAGUUUAAACAAUAAAAUUUAGCAAAAA